AUCCCAAACUGUGUCAAAUCUCACAGUGGGGCUCUGUCUGUGGGAGGAUGUUGCACGCAGCCUUUGCGCCGUGCAUGGAACCAGUGCCUCUGCACCCAGGAUGGGCCCAGCCUGCUUCAGUCCCAGCUGCUGGCUACACUGAGUUCAGUGAGACCUGGAGGCUUUAGUGGAGGGAAGCCUUUUCCAGCUCAAAAAUCUGAAUUAUGUAAUUACAAGAGGUCCAAAAUAAGGCCCUUGAAGUAUUCUUUACAUAAUUACAUCGUAACAAGCAGAUACUGUGGCCAUCACUUUAAUGGAAUACAGUAUGAAUCUCCAUUUCCCUUUUCUUUUUUUUGCCAGACUAACUCUAGUGAAGCCAGCCUGGGAAAGUUAAAUGCAUGCAUGUCACAGUUACCAGAUGACUACUGAUAUUGUUUUGCUUUCUCCAGCUCCAGACAGGGAAACAAAAUAUACUUUUGUGUUAGUAUCUCCCAAGGUUCUGUAGAAAGCAUCUUUCUCAUUUAGAAUGAUAGAGUGAGGAAACACUCUCACUAAUGGAUCCACUAUUAUCCAAAUCUAUUUCCUGUCAUUUAAAUAUAGGAUUUAUCCAUAAACUCAAUAGAAACAUGCAACAUUUUGGCUAUAAUUAGAAUAGACAGUCAUUCCUUAAAAUAGGAGUUAAGUCUUUUGCAGCAUAUGAAUAGAAAAGCAAUGUAGAGACAGAUACAUACCCGCUUUUGAUUUCACAAGAAAAAAAUCUUAGAAUUGUUUUUGAAAACUUUCUCAGUUCAAGCACAAACACUGAAGAUUGAUCUUGCUGGGGCACUUACUAUCAUGAACAAAACCAACACAACACCAAGCCACAUUGUAUAAACCCAAAAAAGCCUCUUUUGUUCUAAAUGUACUUCCAAUAGAUUCCUACCUACAAGAGCUGAAAAGUCAAUUUAACAUGAAUCAUCCAUCAGUAAUAUCACAGAGACUGUUUAAAUGUCCACGGAAAGCUUAAAUAAGAAAAAAGUAAUUAAGAAUUUUAAUAGUAGAGAUGCUCAAACCAGUACAAUUGAAAGCAAAAGGUCACAAAAUCAUUAUCUUAAAGCUACACACACUAUAAUUCUGUUCAGUGAUUUAUUGUUCACAACUCAGCAAGCACAUUGUUGUAGGUUUGUGGAAUAAGUAAUUUAGUGGGAACAGGUAAUGCAAGAGGGGACACAACCCCUAGAUAAGUACAAGGACUCCACAUCAGACCAGCAUCACCAGCCACUUAACAUGUUAUUGCUGAGCAACAAACUGCUCAGGGCAGUGUAAUUAGGAAUGCUCUAAUUUGUAGAAAACCCAUAAUCAAGUGUCAGUUGAUUUUUUCUUAUUAAAAUUUUCUUCUAAAAAAAAGCUUGGUUUUGUAAUAAGUCAUGGGAUAGCCCUCAUCUUUACCACUAAUACUGUAACAGGCCAUGCCUUAGUGUGGCACUUUCUGAGCCAGUGUAAGAAUUUCCCCCAUCAAAGCUGGUAGCUCAAAGCAUGGAGGGACUUAAAUGCAUUUUACAUGGUCCAAGUCCAGCAGUCAGACUUUAUAAGCACAAUGCUGUACCACUGUAUAUCAUACAUUCACAGAUUUCCUCAGCUGUCAGUCCAGCUGCUGGAGGCUCUGAAUUUCCUUUGGAGACUGUGAAGCAGUGUUUGCAUCUGCACUACACAGAGCAGCUGAGAGAAGGGCUGGUUAUUGCAGCUGUAUUUAACUGGUGACAAAGGCACGAGCACGACACACUCCUUACAUUACACACCAGUGACGUGCUGUGGGUUAUAACUUUGGUUUUACCUCUUGUGCAGAAAGUGUCCCCACACCUAACGUGCAGCUUCCCUGCAGUCUAAUCUGGACACUGUCCAGCCAAAAACCAGCACAGGCAAACUGCUUUUGACUGGUUUCCUAUCUCCAGCUGAGAUGGUGAUAUUCUCAUGAAUGAAAAAUGUCUGAAUAUCUCAAAUCUACCCAAGGGUUACAGAAGAAAAUGGCACCAGCAGCAUCAGCUGAUAUUCCUGUGAGGCUGCAGCUUUGACAAUGUCCUAAGGACCCUUGAUGGGAGCUGUGCUGAACAACACCUCGUGCUGUCAAGCUGAAGGAAGUGCCCAGACCCUACCAGCACAACACACUCCUGUUUGCCUCUGGUCAGUGGUCCAAGCUGUGUGGCAGCAGCGUUGGGAACACCUAAAGCUCCACCUGUCUAGAGCAAAGCCUGACUUUCAGCCUUAGUGCAGUCACACAAAGAAGCUUCCACUCCUCUCUUCAGCUUAGGUAAACAGAGACGUUCCUCUCCCUAACAGGACCUCUUCCCAAAACAUGAUUUCUAACUGUCUGGUUUGCUCCAAAGCACACUAAUAACUGUUAAAUUAGAGAAUAAAUGUACAGAACUUGCAGCAGCUCAUGGUUUUGUGCUCAUGGUUUUGUUAUUCAGUCUCAAUCUGUUCUUUCAAAGAGAAGGCUCAAGUUACUUUUAAAAGUAAGUACAAGGACCACGGUCUAAACCUCCAUACUCCAUUCAUCUAUUUUUGUUGGGAUUUUACGUAUUCUGACCAUCCAUUUCCUCCCUAUACCUUUUCCCUUGUCACCAUGCCCCACUCUGAGAGUGGCACAACAAUGAAAUCAGAUGGAGGCAAAGUACACAAGCAAGCCUGUUUCCUUUGGAGUCAGUCACUUCUCCCCUAUUUCCUUUCGUGUACAUCUGAACUCUGUAUUGCUAUUUCAAGACUUGCUCCAUUAUGAAGUUACUCUUACAGAUACUGUUAACAAUAACAUAGUUUACAGACAAUGAUUGCUUGACCAGGAUUUCUGUGCAAUGAGAAAGCAGUUCCGAGAAACAGAACUAUUCUAGUGCCCUCCAGCAUUCACUGAAAAGCUUCAGGAAAUUAAAGAUUUUAACUUCUGCUUUGUGUAAUGAAGAGGUCCUGAACACGAGACUGAAAAUCGCCUCAUUUGCAGAAGGAAAGAAACAAUUGCCUUACAUUACAGAACCCUCUUUGUGUGCUGUUGGAUCAGAGGGCUGGGCACGUAGGUAAAAGAAUCAGGUCUCAUUCCAUUUUUGCUUCAGUUUUCCUUCCUCUGAUUUGGCUGGGCAUUUUCACUUCAAACACAAGAUCUCUAGGACAGGAACUGUUGUACGCAAAGGUGACCUUUACACCUAGGCCAGGGAGCGCUGGUUUUAGGCAGAGCUGGUUGGCUGAUAAGUUUGAGACGAACCCCCUUCCCAGGUAUUCAAAAAAAUUAAAAUCUUCAUGAAAUAUGCAGCUUUUUAGCUGUGCCUAAUCAGUAAUAGGAUAGGAAAUAAAGGACCUUGUUAAAUUACACUACAGUCUUUUCAGAAGUUCCAAAUUAAACUCACUACAUAGAAAUUCACUCUAGUAUCACCUUUGUAGCAUCUCCUUUGAGAACAGGUUUCAAAGGGUACAUCUGUGAAAUAAAAAUGGGAGUGUGAAAUAAAUGGGAAUGUGAAAUAAAAAUGGGCUGAGUGGCCUGACCUGUUAAAAAAAACCCAAAACUAUAUACUGUAUUUAAAAAAAGAAAAAAAAACAACCAAUGUUCUAUCUGCCUCUAUCACAUGGUUCCUUACUGAUAAUGUAUGGGUUUUACUCAUCUAAAUAUUCUAAAUGACAGAGCUUGUACUACUUCAUUCAGGAAAAUAAUUCAAGAACGCAGAUUUCUCCACCAGUAAAUUAUUUGUGACAGAUCUUGCACAUUAAAACCCCCCAACUUUCUCCUCUGGAAACAGCAGCAGUGUAUUUAUAUAAGGCUUCACAUCUGUGGUUUGAAGAGUUGCAAGUAAUUUAUACGUGCCAAAGAGCCCUAGCAGGAGCUACCAGCAAAACACAGAGCAAAGCAGAUAGUCCAACAGUCUGAGAAUGAGCAGGCAACAGAGGAGAGAUGAAAUGCCCCAAUUCCCUUCCACAUGAGACAGAAUAUCCUCAUUACUCUCCAGAAUUUCCUGUGACCUAUUUCUUGGCACUAAAUAAUUUGCUAUCCCCUCCUCCAGUUUCUUCUUGAAGGCUGUUUUCCCCUAACAACUUUGAGUGGGAAUGUGCAGGCUCCCCACAUGAGAUCGUGGCUGCCAGGGGAGUGUCUGUGCUGUGGGAUGAGUGUGACAGUGGCAGGGCUGGCACCCCUCCUUGGUGGCCCACUGGCACAGCCCAGGAGCUGCCCUGAGGCAAAGGUGCUCCAACACCCUUUUCUCCCAAGAGCUGCAGGAAAGAAACACUCUCAGAGAAAGAAAAGGUAGGAGGUUCCACAUUGUAACCCUGCUCAGCCUCAGGAAAGAACGCACUGUGAAAGUGCUUUUCUUCUCCAGAAGAUUUGGCUGUAACUCCCUGGGAGAAACUGAUCCUGUAACAGCCUUGCUUUCUUGGAUGUUAGUGGCAGUUUUUAUGCCACUAGCUGUGGCAUACCCAGGGUGACUCUCCUGUCUGCCUGGAGUGCUUAAGGUGAGAAGGGUUUCCCCAUUGUGUGUGGGAACAUAAGGAAGCAGGAGGGAUGAGUCAGGAAGAACCAAUGACUUUAGUCUGGAGCAUGUUGAUGUCAGUCCAGCACCCAAAUGGCAAUGAAUCCCUUAAUUCAAAAACUAAUAGUUGUCUGGCUAUAAACACCCAGAGUGCCAUUAAAAUUAAUCAAAAGCUCUCUAACUGAAUGGUUAAUGUGAGACAACUUGCCCAAAAGACACUAAUUAACUUUUAAUGUACUAUACUAUCAGUUUGGGAUUCUUUCUUAUUUUCUUGGAAUGCUUAAGUCUAGAAAGAAAGGUGGUCACAUCCUUUACAAAGGUCAUUUGCAUUUAUAGUGUCACAAAUCACCAGAUUAUGUUUUCAAAAAUAUGUAUUAAUUUUUUAACCAACAUUGCUUAGCUUGCACCUGUAAAAAUACUUGCUCCACAUGUCUUUUCAAAGCUUGUGUAAAUACAUUUGCCAGGAGAAGUGUUACCUCUUCCUCAAAUUAAUUUAAAUAGGUGGCUUCAACAAUGAAGCCGGUUCACACUUCUGACAUGUCACCUAAAUUUACUCUUGGGGAAACCCUCUGAAUAUGGCACUGGAGACAGAGCCACUCACACCAACAGUUGGUAGGCAUAGAGAGAGAGACACGUUAUUACAGAGAGACAAAUCCAGUCUAAUGGGGAGCUGCAGUUCCUCAAACCUUCUAGCAGAAGGCCACUUCCCAGCAUAGGCCAGGGACAUGCCACAGGGCUCCAGCUCCUGGCACAGAAGUACUCUGGUCUCCUCCCUGUCCCAUGUCUUGUCUGCCAGCUCCAUGGAAAUGUUUCAGGUCAUCAGCAAUAGUGUACAGCACUGAAGAAUUGUAUAUUUAGGGAACUACAGCUUCCCACUGGUUAGAACUGCUUGAGUGUUGCAUCGCACCCAGUGACUUUCCUGCUGGCCAUUUCAACAGAGAAUAGACCUAGAAGGUUGUUUAGAGCAGUGUGGGGUCAUCAAACACUUUGGGAGUAGAGAUUCAAUCCACAAAAAAAAAAAAAAAAAAAGACAACUUGACAUCAAAAGUUAAAAUAAACAGGUUUAGAUACUCAAAGCUCUCUACAUAUAAUUUUAAAAAUUAAUAAAAUAUAGCUGCAGACUUUGGAUCAAGUAUUUAAUUCUAUUUCCAAGAAGCUCUUAGGUAUGUUUGUCAGGGAGCCAAUUUUAAGGACAGUUUAAUCUGCCUAAAAGAGAACUGGAAAAGUUAAAAAUGGGAGUAGGAUUCCACACUCUGCCUUUAUGGAUUCUGAAGAAAAAUCAAGCCUCUGCCAGGUACUAUGGAUUUAAAGCCAACAGACCUUUGGGUAUCCCCCACUCCGAGAAUCACAAGUUUUGCCUUUGCCAUCACUUAACCAAGUUUCACACAAGGCUGGAAUAAUUUGGAACUCAAUUCAGCAAAACCCAAAUUUUCAGCUAAGAAUAUGUCUGUAAAGCAUUUUUUAUUUUUUUAGUAAGCCUAAAACAGACAUCUUUCUUCAUGUGGGACAUUUUAAAAAGCUUAAUGCUGCUUUCAGGUGUGGCUGCUUAUGGAAGUAACAGGCAAGCUGUGCAUCCCAUCACAUGUUACUGUCUCAGCCUCAGUGCUGAAUCUCUUUUUUUAUGUGUAAAUGCUUACCUAGCUCAAGGAACCAUAAGCCACUGCCUAUUAACUUAAAUGUUAAUUUUAAACCACCAGAAGUUUUACUGGGAGCAAAUGCAGGAAGGAAGCCAAGUUAUUUAUACCUUUACUCCAUUCAAAAUGCAAAUACCAGUGAAAUGGCCUCCUGCUCCACUUACUUAUCCCUUAUUCCUUUAUCCUGAUCAUUUAACCUUUUGUUUUAUUUCUAUAUUUUUCUGGUAGAAAUGGCAUCCUUUCUGUAGUGUUACAUGAUCUGAAACCUCUGUCUCAUCUAUGAGUAAAUAAUCUCUGUCUCAUCUGUGAGUAAAUAAUCAACUUUUCUUGAAAAAAAUAUCCUUCUGCAAAUGACUCUGGAUAUGAUCUACAGCUCAUGUGAAUUAUAUUCAUAAGAUAUGGAGACCCACAGAAGAUAUGAACACUGGCUGCCAGGGGAAUGUAUCAUGUGCUGCAAUGAAAGAAAGAUUAUUGAUAGCUUAAUAAGGGCACAGAAAGCUUGACUGAGGGAGUGUGUGGAACUGAAUGAGAUGGCCAAUCCUGGUACAUUUCUUCUCCACUAGGAGGCUGAGGUGAUCAAUCUAAUUAUCAAAAACCUCUUUCCCAGAAAUAGAAUAUAAAUGCUCUGGUUCAGAGGGAGCAGAAUGUAGUAGGCUCAGGAAGUAUUUGUGGAGCCAACUAUUUUAUCUGUAGCAGUAUUUCCCUUGAGCAGCAACUCUCAUUUCUGUGAGAGCCCUUGGUUCAAUACCCUUGGGCAUGCCAGGAUUCUGAGUGGAAUGAAACCAGUGUUGUUCUUGAUCCAAAGCCAGAUAAAGUGCAACCCAGAAGGGGCGCAAACUCAUUUCUUAACAAGGAAUCCACAAAGGUUGCAAGUUGACAGAAAUUUAUCAACUCACAAGAAACAUUUUAUCAUUUCCUUUACAUUUGGCUCUACCCUUAACAACACGGGAGACAGUCCUUAGAGUGACACACCACAGAUACAGAAACAGCAGCAAAAACCAUUUCUGCGGCAUUUUAAUCUUGCUCAGCUCUGGCCCCUGCAGCCAGGCCAACCAUAAACACAAGCAGCCCCAGAGCUUUUUCUACCCAGGAACUGCCUUCACAACACCCAGAUCUUACCUGCACGCUUUCCUUCUCUCCUUUGCCUUGUUCAACCCCCAAACACAGAGGCAAGGAGAAGUACACUGGCUACCCACUUGCCAAGGGGGCUCCAGAUUGCACAUGGCUCCAGAAUCAGGUACAGAGCAGAUUUUAAAAAGAAACAAAUAAAACCAAAAGCUGGUCCUUAAGGAUCAUUUCAGCCCUCUACUGGAAUAGCCUGUAUUCCAUAGCACAGAGAAGAAAUAUUGGAGAUCCUACAUAAGAGAGGUUUCCUCCACCACGUUGCAAGGCUCCCUUGCAAGGUAUUACACUCUUCCUUUCAUCCUGAAGUCUGUUUCAGCAGCUGGUGACCACUAUUCCCGCCAUUCCCAAACUCACACUUGUAUAGUCAAAUAAAUGGAACAUUUGCAAGAUGGCCAAAGUCCUACAGUACAGCUACUUACAAGGGUUCUAGCCAGUGUUCUCUCAUCCCCAAAAGGUUCCUUGCACUUUUGUUAAACAGUAGCAUUACUUACACAAAAUACACUUUGACAGGGAUUGCUUAUUGAGGAGAUAAAGCAUCAGAAGAAAAGCAGAGUUUAUUGUCAUAGGCAUGUCGCAAGACCAAGGGUUUGGAAAGGAAGUUGCUUCUCCAUUUACAUGGACUGGAUGCCCAGAAAGAAUGCAAAAUUAUAAAGGCAUUGAUGAACAUUCAGAGAAAUCAGAGUCUCAAGACAACUUUCCAGCUGACAUGAACCAGUGCAGCCCCACUGUCUUCAACGAAGAUAAGCCUUAUGCUACUGAAACACAGUUGCUUUCUGGAGAAGGGAUUAUGAUUCCAUGUGCAGAGAUAAAAGGGAGUUGCCAGUGAAAGCCUUGGAAAAACAGUUCGCUGCCCAGCUGGUAUGGACUGGUGCAGCUGCACUGGCUUCAGACAUGCAGCAAGGUGCUAGAUGAUUUGGCCUAGAGACUACAGAGCGAGGAAAAAAAGAAUGGUCUCACCUGCCUAUUGCUCCAAAUAGCUGGUGUUAAGCAAGUUCUGCCCAACCCUGGUUAUCAGCAUGGUCACAGAACCCCAGUUCUUUGAGUAGUAUGUUUUCUGUAUGCAAGGGGAUCACAGCAGGCACAGUGAGCACAGGCAGAGUUGUCAGUAGCAGAGUUGUGCUCAGGCUUUUCUCUCCACUCUGCACGUAAAAGGAGGCAGCCUUUUCAUCAAUGCUUUCCUUUCACUUCCCUACUAGCUUAACUAAUUUCUCCAACACGUGGAAGUUUUCCAGCUGCUACACAGAAGUCAUAAUCCAGCUGAGAACCUCACAGAGAGAAAAUGCAACAACAGUAGACCACAUUAUUGUUCUCAGGAGGGAAAAUGGAACCAGACCAUCUCCUUCUGCUGGAGAACGUACAGCCCUCCAAGUUAGCUCUUAAGGUAAAGUUGUGUAAAUUGAGCUGCAGUGGGCAGCACAGCCCAACUACUUCAUCUAAUGCCUUUAAGUGGAGCCCUUCUGUGGCUCUUCUCUGGGUCUCUGCUUCAACUUCCAUGGGCUGCAGCACAUGGGCUGAGCCCCAGCCAGCAAAUAGCUCUAGUCGUGCCACAGAGAUUCCUGCUCUGGGGUGGAGGGAUCCGCAACAGCCAAGCACACAAAGCAAGAUACCUGAGGUUUGAGCCAACUCUGGGCAAUAUGAGUUCCAAGGGCAGACUUGCUUUCUACUCUUCCCCUCCUGCCCCCCGCCGGUGCAGCAAGGGGAGGGCCGCAGCUUUGCCAGGUCUGUUACUCUUUCACUCCACUGUGCGCCCCUUCCCCUCGGCCAGAGGCAGCACGGCCACCGGGCUGCCCCGGGAGGGCCGGGGUCCGCAAACAGAGGACAGGCGGGACGGAGAAGCGGAGCAGACUUGCAGCAAGGACAGCUCCGCACAGAGAAGCGGGAGCUCCGGGUGCCCGGCAGCAGCGGCCGGGCCCAGGGGGUGGGGGCUGCUCUCGAGCCCUGACGUAGAAACUAAGCGGGGCUGCCCGCUCCGGCUUCUUAAGGAGCGCGGCGGCGGCAGCGGGCUCGGAGAGUCCUGCCCUGGCCGCCGCGCCGAGGUAAGCGCCGAGAGCCGCGGGCGGCGCCGGGGCGGGGCGGGACGGGAGCGGAGCGGGGCGGGACGGGACGGGACGGGAGCGGAGCGGAGUCGGGCGCUGCCCGGAGCCUCGGGAGCCGCGCGGGACUGCCCGGGGAUGCUGCAGCGCAGCGGGCAGCCGGGCCGGGAGCGGCUGCGGCAGCUGCACGGCCGAUAGACUACCGUAACGAGAGCUCCAAGUUAGAUGAUAAUAACAAAUUACCUUUCAAAUUAUUAUUGUAUGGCAUUAUCCAUGCCGGGGAGUGGAGCAGGAGACUACACUGCAAGGAGAAGCAGGGAUAGGGGGGAGGGUGGGAAAAGUCAGAACCAGGAAGUGUAAACAGCGCUCACACACACACAAACUUCAAUGCAUGGACAGAAACACCAAGAGAUUGGAGAGUCUAGGGGAGGAAUUGCAUGGAAGCAUUCACCACAUGCACAGUGACAUAAUGGAUCCUGGAAGCAGAGGAAGAAUCCACUGCACCAUGAGACUCACCUGCUCUCUCCUACUCAUGGCAGUGUUCUGUGUGACACCUUUCCUCUGCCAUAGUCAAAUUGAUCCACUGGCUCUUGGGCGGGCAGACCCCCAGUGCUGGGAAUCCUCCUCAGCUGUUUUACUGGAGAUGAGGAAGCCUCGCAUUUCUGACUCUGUCAGUGGCUUUUGGGACUUCAUGAUCUUUCUGAAAUCCUCAGAGAACUUGAAACAUGGGGCUUUGUUCUGGGACCUGGCUCAGCUCUUCUGGGAUAUCUAUGUGGACUGUGUGCUCUCCAGAACCCAUGGGCUGGGGAGAAGGCAGCUGUCAGAAGCUGCCAGAAGCCUGAAGAUGGCUACUCUACAUUCUCAGUUCACAGGGAGAAACCAAGGGACAUUUUCUCAUAUUCAGAGGUCACCAGUUCUGAAGAAGAAAGACUCAUUUGAAGAUUUAAUAAGUAUCCAUAUACAUAAGAGUAGAUCUAUAUUACUUGGAAGAAUCAUUGGAGAGCUAGGAAAAAAGAGGAAAUUACACAUUUAGUCUAAGAUUUUGAUUUGUAGAUAAUUUUUAACUAUUUAUCUUUAUUUUUUGUAUUUUAAUCCCCAUUGAUGUCAAUUUAAGUAGUGGAAGAAGGCAUGUAACCUCAAGCGCUACAUCUCUGAUUAACUUGGACUUAUGAGUUUACUUAAUCACUUGUGAAUUAAGUCUCCUUACUAAACUGCAUGAUUUAUAAGCAGUUGCCUACUUUAAUCUAUGUGUAUAUCAGGCUUUUUGUAAUACAUGUGAUCUGUUCAAACUAUUGUCUUCUGGGUGCCAAGACAGGAAAUAACUGAUCCUUCAAUAAAAUAUAGACAAGCAGAGAAGGAAGUUGUCAAAAAACCUCCACUGGCUCCAAAACAGAAAAAGACCAUUAGAGAAGAGAUGGUGAUGUUUGGUUGUAAGCAGAGCUGUACACUUGCAUAGAGCAACCCCUGCUCAGAGACAUCAUCCUACUGAAGAACAAUGGUACAUAUUUCUACAUGAAAAAUACUUUCCAUGAAUGUUUUCAGUUUUCCAGUAAAAGGGUUAACAGAUUUUAUCAGCACCUCUGCUU